AUGUGGGCAUUGUUGUUUUUCGUGCUCACCGUGUGGGCCAACCCGAUCAGCUUUGCCCGAGAAGAACUCUUUGCCAAUAAGGGCGAUACUCGGGGCGACUUUUAUGUCUCGUCGUUGCCUGGCUUGUUCAGCCUUGAUACCAAAGACAUCCCGGUGAUGUUUGCGGGCCAGGUGAAGCUAUAUCAGGAGAACGACACGCAUUACUUCUUCUGGAAGUUUGAGGAUCAGUAUAAGGCGCCGGUGGCAGAAAAGAAGAUCAUCUUUUGGCUAAACGGUGGACCAGGGUGCCUGUCUAUGGAUGGAGCGUUGAUGGAAGCGGGUCCUUUGAGGAUCAAUAAGCAUCAGCAAGUGGUGUAUAACCCUGGCUCGUGGCAUAAGAAGGCGAACAUGGUGUUCGUAGACCAGCCAGCAGGCACUGGCUUUUCUUACUCGGACGAUAAGGCUAACAACUUGGAUGACGUGCUGUGGCACUUCUUGAGGUUCUUGGAUAAGUACUUUGCACUUUUCCCUGAAGAAAGGGAGUACGAUAUCAUGUUGGCUGGUGAAAGUUACGCUGGCCAGUAUAUCCCGUAUAUUGCCAAUGGCAUCAUUCGUCAUAUGCCCGAUCUCAAUCUUAAGGGUCUAUUGAUAGGAAACGGUUAUAUCGACCCUUACACGCAGGGUCUUUCAUAUGUUCCUUUUGCAACCCAGGCCGGUCUUAUUUCUCAGGACCAUCCUAACUGGAAGGAUCUUCUUGAACGUCACCAGGAGUGCCAGAAACGUAUUGACGAGGCUAAAGCUCACAGGUCUCCAGCUCGCGCAGACGUUGCUUCAAGAGUCUGCGAUAACGUGCUCAACCUGUUGCUUAUGUUUACUAGACACAAACAUGGGCCUGUUAACGAGCAGUGUUUCAACAUGUACGAUUACACACUCAAGGACUCUUACCCUUCUUGUGGUAUGCAUUGGCCACCAGACUUGCAACAUGUGACACCAUUCUUGCGGGACGAAAAAGUCAUGAAGAGUUUGAAUUUGGUGAAUAAGAUGCAAUGGAAGGAAUGCCGUGGUAUCGGGUUAAACUCUCGUGAUUCGGCUCCAGCUAUCGAGUUGUUCCCGGAACUUUUAAAGCAUACCAACAUCGUCCUCUUCCAUGGUAACAGGGAUAUUAUUUGCAAUUAUAUCGGUGCUGAGUAUCUUAUCAAGGAGUUAAAUUGGAACGGAAAGCAAGGUUUCUCCACGUCGUUGCCUACAUAUGACUGGUUUCAUGAGGGCACGAAUAGCGGCUACAUCCAGAGCGAGGCCAACUUGACCUAUGUUAACGUGUUCGACGCCUCGCAUAUGGUUCCAUUUGACAAGCCAGAGUUAUCAAGUGCCGUGGUAGAUCUUUUGUACGCACGGUACGAUGUUGAAGAACCACAAGGCAACAAACCUAAGAUCAUCACGCACAAGUUGUCCUUUGAUGCUGAAGCAGAUGAGUCCAGGCCAACAAAACCUGAGGAACCUGCCGCCGCUGAAAGCAGCGCUAGCCCAUUGAUCUCACCUUUGCCAAUGGUUAGUGGAAAUAGUACCGUUUCUACUGACGGAUCUGGCAACCAAUACAGCAAUGCACUCGUGCGUCUCAUCCAGUUUGCUGUCAUUGUCGUUCUCAUAUGGGGAGUCUGUGCACUUUUCUCGGCCUACCGUUCGAGACCAUCUUCCAUCAUUAAAACAAAGUCUUCCAACCGUAAGAAGAAUGUCCAGUGGGCAGAUCAACUAGAGGAGGAAGAGUUGGGAAUGGCACCGGUCGGUGACCAGAAAAUCUCGAUUUUCUCUAGAGCUUUCCUGAAGUUGACAGGUGCCGAUUAUAAAGGUCGUUAUGCUUCUGCUCCUCAAUACGAGGACAUUGAGUUAGAAGGUACGCGACAUGAAGAUGAUGACUUUAUAAUUGCGAGCGACGAGGAGGAAGAAGCCGCUCCCGAGAACGGUGAGCAAGGUAGAAACACGGGUAACAGAGAUUAA